AUGAUAUUCCUUCGCCAUCACCUUCAUGAAGGCCUUAAGAUUGAGUAUUUGACUGUUAAAGAACCACAAAUCCUUUGGAGUAAUCUUAAGGAAAGGUAUGACCACCAGAAAACAGUGAUAUUACCAAAAUCUCGUUAUGAUUGGUUACAUUUAAGAUUACAAGACUUUAAGUCUGUGAGUGAAUACAACUCAGCCAUGUUUAGAAUUACGUCACAAUUGAGAUUAUAUGGAGAGAAAAUCACGGAUGCAGAAAUGUUAGAAAAAACAUACUCUACUUUUCAUGCAAACAAUGUUGUCCUGCAGACACAAUACCGUGAAAAGGGUUUUACAAAAUAUUCAGAAUUGAUAUCUUGUCUCCUUGUGGCUGAGCAAAAUAAUGAACUAUUAAUGAAAAAUCAUGAAUCACGCCCAACUGGCUCUACUCCAUUCCCUGAAGCGAAUGCGACAUCCCAUAGUGGGAAAGAGUAA